GCCGCGGGGCGGGGAGAGCCCGGGACGAACCUGGGCAGAGACGGAUUUAAGGAGUGGUUCCAGGCGGAUUGCUCAUUGCCGCUGCCGUCCCUGCUGCUGCACGCAGCCACCAUGCCUGUCAAAGGAGGCACCAAGUGCAUCAAGUACCUGCUCUUCGGCUUCAACUUCAUCUUCUGGCUUGCAGGGACAGCAGUUCUUGCAAUUGGACUAUGGCUUCGGUUUGAUUCGCAGACCAAAAGCAUCUUUGAACUGGAAUCCAACAACACAACAUUUUACACAGGUGUUUACAUCCUUAUUGGAGCUGGUGCACUUAUGAUGCUGGUUGGUUUCUUGGGAUGCUGUGGUGCGUUGCAGGAAUCUCAGUGUAUGCUUGGCCUGUUCUUCCUCUUCCUAUUUGUGAUUUUUGCCCUUGAAAUUGCUGCUGCAAUCUGGGGAUUUGCAAACAAAGAAAAGGUUAUUGAAGAGUUAAAGGAGUUCUACAUGGAAACCUAUGAAAAGAGAUCUCAGGCACCUGCCAGAGAGACCCUGAAAGCGUUUCAGUUAGCCCUAGACUGCUGUGGUCUUACAGGAGUUCUGGAGCAGCAGUUCAUGGACACCUGCCCAAAGAAGACCAUGCUUGAGUCGCUUUCUGUAGUGUCAUGCCCUGCUGCCAUUGAUGAUGUCUUCAAUUCAAAAUUGAAUGUGAUUGGAGCAGUUGGCCUGGGCAUUGCUAUAAUAAUGAUUUUCGGCAUGAUAUUCAGUAUGGUUCUCUGCUGUGCUAUCCGCAGAAACAGAGAAAUGGUUUAAGAGCUUAAAAACCCAAGACUGCUGCACUAUAAAAUCUGUCAUUAACUUUAGUGUUCUGAAAGCAUUUCUAAAAAGUUAUAUAUUUGUUACCUUUUUAAUGCUUUAUUUGGUACUGAUGUAGGUUUGCUUUUUGUUAUAGAUUAAAAUGAUAAAGAUAUAUCUGACUCAAGACAAAUACUGUACAUAAAAUAUCUGACUUUCUUGAAACUUACAUAAUUUGGAUGUAAUUUAUGUUGGAGACAAUUUGAUAAUAAAGAAUAAGAUGUAUUGUG